AUGGCUGGACAACGAUUUCUGAUCGUACUGAUCGCAGCUUCGAUCUGCUGGGCCUCUUCGAUUCCUGGAAUCUCGGCCAAGAGCUGUGGAUCGAGGCUCCAGUUGAGAUCCCAAAAUGAUCCCAUCGAUCUCAGUAGGCUGAGCGAAAAGCAGCUGCAAGAACUCCUCCAGCAGUUGGCCAAAUUGCAGACAACGAAGGAGGAUGGUGAUGACGGGGAUCUGGCGGAGGAUGAGGAGGACCUGGAUAAGAAUCAGGAUCUGGAGGAUCCCGAGAACGAUCACCGUGGAGGAAGUCGUCCCUGGAACCGAGUGCAGCGCAUCAUCCGACGACAACUGGUGAAGAUACCCAAAAGAUAUCUGAAGAAGUUCCUCAGGCAGUUCGGAUUGGCCAGGAGUAUCGGUUAUAGCGAUCUCAGGAGUACCAAUAUAAUGCCACAGCUGGAGGAGUACUACCUAAUACCAUUGGAAUGA